CCCGGGGCAGGGCUCCGAGAUCUGUGAUAUGGGUCGAUUGCUCUUUGUCCUGAGUCAGAGCAAUGCUCCUCUCAUUCUUCACAUUCCUAAACUGUUCACCUUUCCCCACCCAGCUCUCAGCAGAGACAACAUCGCUAACUCAGCAGGGAAUGCUGGAAACAGCAAGGGAGCAGUGGUUUUGGCUGGUGUGGACCAUCAUCAUCAUCCUCAGCUGCUGUUGUGUUUGCCAUCACCGACGCACCAAGCAUCGUCUCCAGGCCCAGCAGCGGCAACACGAGAUCAACCUGAUCGCUUACCGGGAAGCCCAUAACUAUUCAGCCUUGCCGUUUUAUUUCCGGUUUUUGCCAAAUUAUUUACUACCUCCCUAUGAGGAAGUGGUGAACCGACCACCGACCCCACCACCACCAUAUAGUGCCUUACAUCAGCAGUGCGUCCCAGCAGGCAGCAGUAGCACAAUCCCAGACACGCCAAGAAACCUGCAGCCAGCACAGAGCAGCUCAGCAGCACCCAGCGGCAAUAACAGCAGCGCUGACAACGCCGGGUCCCCCGGCCUUGGGGACCCCGAGCCCUCCACCACCACGCUGGUCGAGCGAGCGGUUGCCAAAAUGCAAAGCGUCGAGCCCGGUGGCACCAGCACGGGAGCCGAGCUAGUGGAGAGGGCUGGUCCCGAUAAGGAUACGGAGUGCAAGGAGGAACUACUAAAAGGUUACAGCUCUGAGAGCUUAGAGCAGAGCAGCGCCAUUCCUGAGGCGAAGGACAAGACGCCGGGCAGGCAGCGCCGCUUCACCGGCGACUCGGGCAUUGAAGUCUGCGUAUGCAACCGGGGCCAUCACGACGACGACCUCAAGGAGUUCGACGGGCUCAUCGAUGAUGCUCUGGAUGGGCCCCUGGACUUCUGCGACAGCUGCAGCGGCCGCCCCCACGGGGACGAGGAGGAAGGGCUUUUUAAUGCUGCGGAAGAGCAGCACCGUGAACACAGCCACCACCACUUGCCCCGGCAGCCGGUGUGUGUACUCUUGAACACAAUAAAUGAGCAGGACUCUCCAAACUCUCGUUCCAAUAACUCCCCCAGCUAAGGUGGCAGAGUGGAAGGGAGAAUUGGGGGAAAAAAAAACCAAGGAAAUAAAAAUGGAAUAAGAGGAUUAAAACUUUAACAGGAGGAAAAGGUGAUACAACCUUCUUUUUUUAGUUUAUUUUUCUUUCUCCCCCUCCAAUGUAAUUUGGGGACUAGUCCCUAAAGGCCCGGUUUGUGGGGGACGGGUCGCUCUGGGUUUUGUUAAUCAUGUCCGUACUGCUCCGCGGGGCAGGGACUGGUGUUUCUCAAUGAGACCUUCUAACAAACGGAACUUUCCCAAUGGUGAUUUUGGUGAUGGUUAUUACGAGUUUGUUGGUUUUAGUUUUCCAAGACAUUGCUUUAUCUCACAAUCAGUAAAGCUCAGUAGAUCUCAUCCUGGGAGGAUACGAAAUCACUGUAAGGCUUCAACCUCCAGGUGUCUUCCCAGAAGCAAGCAGCUUCUGACAGUGCCGGCAGUCAGUAGCCCAAGAGUUCAGGUUUGUUACGGUGCUCUUGAGGUGUUGAGGAUUUCUUUUCAUUUUAGUGCUUCUUUUUUCUUUUUUUUCUUUUUUUUUCUCUUUUUUUUUUUUUUUUGGCGUGUGUGUUAAGUUUUCCCGAAGCUGAUGAAUGACUGAACACAUCAGCCCUGUAAUCUCUGGUGCUUCAGUGUUUAAGACAGCAGGUAGGAAAUUUCCCACUUGAAGCUGGUGACUGAAGGACCAGUUUCUUCCAGAAGGGGUGUUAGUCUACCAUAAGCAGUUUGAAAAGAAAGGAUUUGCAGAAAUUUGCCUUUAUAUGUCACUUUUAAAGACAAGUAUAUUCCUUCAAUGCCUCCAAGAGCACAGUUAGAAGUAGAAUCCAGGCAGCUGGGCUGCCUUCCAAGUACUGUGGUCUCCGAAUGACCUUUUCCCGGUGUGCUGCAAAAGGGCUUGGCUUUAUUUUUUCCCUUUUUUGCACCCUGAGAGCAGCACACUUGAGUUAAGAUGACAAAAAAAGAACAGGGCUCUCUUUGGCCAGCGUGCCUUCAAGCUUCAGCGAUGCAUGUUGAACAAAUGGAGACGAGAGCUCCGUCCAUUGCGAAGGGAUGACUUACCAUGUAGAUGUGGAAGACCUGUGCAGUUUUUUGUUUGUUGUUUUUUUUUUCCAUCCAAGAGCUUGGUGCAAUUCUAAUGUUGACCACUUAAAAUAAAUGAAUGUCUGUUUUCUUUUUCUUUUUUUUUUUUUUUUUUUUUUAAUGGUGGCAACUGGCUACUGUACAAUGUCUGUGAGUGUGUGUGAGUGACUGCAAUCCAUGCAUGCGAGUCCUACUGGUGAUAUGAAAACCUGCUGUAAGACUGCAAGAAAAUUUACUGUAGCUUUGCUUUAAUAAACGGUAGAGAUGUUGUUAGUAACAACCCGAAGGGAAAAAAACAAAGAGCUGAAACUAACAUUCCCUGGAGUGCUGGUGUGGAGGAGAGCACAGUUCAGACUGUGUGUCUUGUUCUUGGGUUUUCUCCCCAUCCCUUUUAUAAUUAUGGUCGUCCAGAUCAUUACUGUUGUGAGGGGGGGGAAAAAGUUGAAAACUGAACUCAGACAUACUCAGAUUUGAUUGAUUGAAAACCAAAAUCAGUUUUAAAUAAGGUGGAAACCAAAAUAUAAUGCCUUUUCU